ACCAACACACACCGACUUUGCUCGUCUCUCGACUUUUAACUCUGAUUUCCGCGGAGACGGACGGGUUUUCCACUUCAUUGACAACCAGCGGGAAUCGCUUUUCCGUUUCUCCCCCAAGUUGCGUGUGUCUUUACGGGAACUGGACCGGAGGACUGGCGGGUUUAUGGCCCCUUCCGCCGGGAUGACAAAUUAGUGCCUCGUUUUUGUUUUUUUGUUUUGGACUUGAUGUUUAAUUUCUGUUUCCGUCGUGUCUCUUCCGCUCUCCAAUGAUGACUAUGAGUUCACUGUCGGACACUUUAGUCCCGCCGGACCCGUCCAAGUCCGCUUUCCUGGAGUUCUCCGGUCACGGUUACUCCGCGCAGCCCGGGCAUCAGCAGCAGCAGCAGCAGCACGGCCACUACUCCAUCCACGGCCUCCACGCGGUGGGAACCUCGCAGCACGAAGGGCCCUUCUCCCCCGGGGCCUCCUCCUACGGCCGCCCGCUGGGUUACCCAUCCUAUCACGGCUCGGUCUCUUCGCAUCACCCCGGUGGUUACCUGCCGUAUCAGCACGGAGGCCACGGCGCGGCUCUGGGACACACCAGGCUGGAGGAGCCAGAUCACGAGAAGCCCACCACUGUGAUCGAGAACGGCGAGGUGCGGCUCAACGGGAAGGGGAAGAAGAUCCGGAAGCCGCGCACCAUCUACUCCAGUCUGCAGCUCCAGGCUUUGAAUCAGCGCUUCCAGCAGACCCAGUACCUCGCCCUGCCGGAGCGGGCCGACCUGGCCGCCAAGCUGGGGCUGACACAGACUCAGGUGAAGAUCUGGUUCCAGAACAAGCGGUCCAAAUACAAGAAGAUCAUGAAGAAUGGGCCGUGUGGCCCGGAGGGCGACCACCUGGCCCCUCCGCCCUCCUCCUCCUCCCCCUGCUCUCUAUGGGACAUCAGUAUGGCUGCCAAAGGAGGUCCCGUGCACUCGGGCGGAUACAUGAACAAUUUUGGGCACUGGUACCCGGGUCACCAGCAGGACUCCAUGCCCAGGACUCAGAUGAUGUGACAGUUCAUGGACUCCACUUUUUGAAUCGACCUGGACUCAGAUUUUGAGACGGACCAAGAUGAAACUGGACUACGAGGGAACUGUUGGUCGCUUGUUCCACUUCCCAGCUGGCGGGGAAACAGGGUGGACCUCCUGGGGCGGAUCGACUGUCCACUGUAAAAAAAUCAAAAAGCAGAUAAAAGUCGUUGGCUGUUUGACAUUCUUUCAUCGGAUUUCAGGAAAUUUCUGGUUGCUGGUCUGGACACCUGACUCGGGUCCCGAUGAAGUUGCCCCUCCACCUGAGUCUGUUGAAGAAAAGUGGUUGUUGCUUUGUGGGCGAUGUUUUUAAAUAAAUAUAGAUUCAAAACAGUUCUCAGUCCU